AUGCGCCAAUCACAGUCGCUCGAAAACUUUGGUGAAUAUACAUCCGUGGACGUGACUGAUGGGAAUCUAAGCUAUCCGUCAACGUCUUCCACGGGGGGUGCCACUACAAAUGUGCAAUGUGAUCGACACAUCGAUAUCGUUCACGGUGGGAUCUGGUACGCCGACACAGACCCAUCCACACAGGUGGCGAAAACCCAUACGAGGGUAGACACGGAAGAUGAAGAGCGAAGAUGGCAGUUGUUUUCAGCGCUGGAAAGUGUUGAGCAACUGGUUUCAUCUUAUCGCCCUGGGAGUCAUGCUAGCCUCCCAGGGAGUUCUAGCAACAGUUUCCACUCCCAUAUCGAAGAAAAGGAAACACUUCAUGUGAAUAGAUCCACGCAGUGGACAUUGAACCGCAAAGAGGGCUCCGGGGGAGACCCCGUUGAGCCUUUCGCCCGGCUCAGAUGCAGAGAUGGAGGGAUGACGAACCAUCUCUCUGCAACACGGAACGGCGACAGAUAUACUAGGAAGCGAAGGCUGUCAACGGUGGACAACGAUGGCAGCAAAUCCGCACCUGCCGCAAAACGUCCACGAAAGAGGUCGCCACGGGACCCUCUUCGGGACCAAAAGGCAGGAGAAGGCAGGGUCGCGAGGGCCCUGACGGCCGCACCGACUCGGAGGCCGCAUCGCAAGCCGGCCACACCGCGAUGCAUGGCUGGUGCGGUCUCGGAGGGGCAUGUGGUGGUGCAUGACCGUGAGCGCCACUCAAAGAAGGGGAAGGAACUCACCUUCCAGGUGAUGUCGGCCGUACAAAGGCCAUAG